GGCUUGCAGCCAGUGGCAGAAGCAGAUGGGUGGAACAAACAGGGCAUGAAAAGACUAACAUGACUAACGGAUCUUAAGAAUUGUGGCUCCUUCUCUGGAUCUCCAGGAAUGUAGGCACGGGCAUCCCUCCGCAGCUCUCCGGCCAACCUCCUGCCUCAGACUGGAUCUGUUAUUCACAAAGCAGAUCUCCUUCUGCUUUGCGGGCUGAGGAAGGCUAGGGAAGAACAUGGCCUGCAUUUUGAAGACAGGUUGAUGCACUCCUUCCAGUCCAGACAGCUCCCUGACAGUUUGGAGCAUAUCACAACAUAAGUCAAAAUCCUUUGUCUGCAGAAGACUAACUAUAGUUUACAUGCAUCAGUCCACUGAAACAUUGAAGAAGAAAGCACUCUUUCGCAAGGCUAUUAUUGUGCUUGGUUUUGUAACCGCCUUUCUGCUCCUGAUCAUUGCCCGCCUUACAAACGAAGUCAGCUUUCCUCUGAUAUUCAGCUGCUUUGGACAAACAAGUGCCAAGUGGAUGCCAUUUUAUACACAACGGCAACCUCUGAGGACACACUAUGGAUAUAUGAAUGUGAGAACCCAAGAGCCUCUACAACUGGACUGUGACCUGUGUGCCAUCAUUUCAAAUUCAGGUCAGAUGUCUGAACAGAAAGUAGGAUUUGAAAUUGACCAGUCCUCCUGUAUCUGGAGGAUGAACAAUGCUCCUACCAAGGGCUAUGAAGAAGAUGUUGGGAAGCGGACCACCGUGAGAGUCGUCUCCCACACCAGUGUUCCUCUUCUGCUUAAGAAUCCUGAAUAUUUUUUCAAGGAAACCAACAGCACAGUUUAUGUCAUCUGGGGACCUUUUCGAAACAUGAGGAAGGAUGGCAGUGGCAUUGUGUACAACAUGCUGAAGAAGACUGUGGACAGCUACCCUGGGGCAAAAAUCUAUGUGACCACAGAGCAGCGCAUGAGUUACUGUGAUGAAGUAUUUAAGAAGGAAACUGGGAAAGACAGAAUCCAGUCAGGAUCCUAUCUCAGUACUGGUUGGUUUACCUUAAUUCUGGCUAUGGAUGCUUGCUACAGAAUACAUGUCUAUGGGAUGAUAAAUGACACCUACUGCAAGUCAGAAGGCUUUAGGAAAGUUCCUUAUCACUAUUAUGAGCCUGGAAGAGAUGAAUGUGAUGAGUACUUUCUGCAUGAAAAUGCACCCUAUGGAGGUCACAGGUUUAUCACAGAAAAAAAAGUGUUUGCUGACUGGGCUAAGAGGCGCACGAUAACAUUUACACAUCCUAACUGGACAUUGUCAUGAUGCUGGUUCUCACAGUCUUCCCUUAAGGAGCAUAAUGUUCCAUUCAAGGCAUGCCACAGUUUACAGUGAUAUUUUCAACUUACUUGACUUCCACAACUUUAGUGGCAUGGAAGAAACAAGAUGGCCCCACCAUUUAACAAGUGGGGUGAAACUUAUCCAUCUAUGGAAGACAUCCAAGAUGCUUAUUCUAUCUCUUAGGGUUGGGAUAGAAUAACGCACUUUGUUUUUAAACUGGACUUUAUUUUUUUUAAAUCAAGAUGGUAACAGUUUGGUUUUAAUAUGGUAAUGUUCUUAAGGAAGGAAAUACACAAUCCCAUGCAGUCCCACUAUCCUGGCUGUUUGUGGAGAAAUGAUAUAAAUACUUGAAUUUAGAUUGUGAAUUAGAGUUUUCAUUACCAAGAGAACCUUCUUGUCUUAGGUGCAGAUUGUUAAGGGCCAGCUGCGUAUGUGUUUGUUUGUUUUAAAAAAUAUACGCGUGGCUACAAAUUCACAUUAUAUGAGAAAAUUAGAGAUGGGUUAAGAAAGAUUCCUGAACUCCAAUUAGUUUCUACACAUGGGGAUUUUGUAUGUUUGAAGCCUAGGAGUACUUCAUAUGCUGUGAAUGACAACCUGCUGCAACAGCAGUUCAACAAUCCAGGCUUUCUGGACACUGCCUCAAAUUUUCCUGGCAUGCAUCAACACAGCUACCUUCUGCUCUAAAAAAUACUCCGUAGAUGUGGACAGCACAUUUCAUUAGGGUGUGCACCCAGGAAUUUAUUGAAUACAUAUCCAUACUCCAUCAUAAAGGAUAUUAAUUUUAUACAUCAAAUGAACUAAAGUAACUAAAACAUAACUAAACUCUUUUAUUUUAAUUAACAACUAAAAUAUCAUUUAUUUAUUUAGCUGUAGUGAUAAUCAGGUGUAUUCAAAGAUACAGUCAGUUUUAUUUUUCUUUAUAUUUAUUUACACAACCAAAAUUGACCAAAACAGAUUAAGGGUGCUUCAUCUUCCUGUCUUAGAGAACGAGGUGCUUCUCACCAUGAGUUAUGGACUUAAAUUUCUCAACCACAUCAUUCUAAUUAACUGAAAAGCAGCCCUUCACUCCCACAGAUAUCUCUACACAAAAGGUGACAAGUGGAGCUUGGGUGGAGACAGAGCUAUGAGACAGAAUAAGGCUAGAAUGUCCAACUUCCAACCUUACUACCACUACAGGAGCCAAUCAUCUCAUCACUGCUUCUAGGGGCAGACUCAGGCAGAAGCUGCAACUCCACCCCAGAUCCAUUCCAGCCUUUUUAUUCUGCCUAUGUCUCUCUGUCCUCUUCCCUUCUCUUCCCUUCCCUUCCACCUUUGUCUCUCUCCCACCACUCUUCCCCACAGGUCCUGGCUACUGAGGGAGCUGUGUGGCCACUUGGUUCUCUUUCCUCCACACCACAAUUCCUGUUUUUUUAAAAACAACAACAACAAGAACAAUGUUAGGGUGUGCCUAGGCACACCCAGCACACCCAAUGUGCAUGUCUGCAGUAUGUACACUCCCUUUUUGGAGCAGAACUUAUAUAGCUGUUGUUUGACAUCUUAAGGAAGUUCCACAGACCUGCAUGUGGAAAUAGAAGCCCUGGAAUCUCAUACCUCUAAAAUGGUUUUGGAUAGCAAAUCCUUUGUGGUCUUGAGCAGUUUAGCUCAACUCUCUGCCUCAAACUCUCCAUGUUGAAAAAUGGGGAUAAUACCUACCUCACAAGGCCAUUGUGAAAAUGAGUGUAUGGACUUUUGGUGAUAGUUCAUUUGAAUUGCUUCUUCUUAGCCGUGGGAGCUUCAUACACAUUCCUCUGUGUUUUGUACUUUGAGGAACAUUGAAUCUGAAGUGUGAAUCCAUGCUAGGCAAUGAUGGCUGCAUUUGGAUGUCAUAAAAAAAAACCAACAGGAAUAGACGCAGCCUUUUUUAGGACUGAUGCAGUAUGUGCUCAUCUUGCCUCUUCUGGUGUGGCCAAAGGAGGAGUUUAGAAGCAAUCACUUCAGAUUUCAAUUAACCACAGUUUAGUGUUACAUCCAAACCCUAAACUUUGGUUGAUGUUAACUAUGUUUUGUUGAAACAAGCCAGCCUCAUAAUCCAUGGGUUGAAGUUGGCUUGUUUUCAACAAACCAUACCUGACAGUAGUCACAGUUUUACAGUUGCGUAAAGCACAACAAGCUUUGGUUAAUCAAAAACAGAAGUGAAAACUUCCAAAUUCCUUGUUGCUGGAUUGCAGGAAGCAAAAGAACCAGAGAGGGGCUAGGCUCUUAUUGCUUUCAGUUUAUCAUGACAUCCAAUCUCUAAAUAUCUUCAUUCCUAUUGCAACCACUCAGUGUGCAUUGACUUCUUCUGAAGGUUCUUGUUCUCAGAAAACUAUCCCUUUAAUGGAUGGAGCUCAGGAAUGUUUUCUAUUUGCCCAUUUCUAAUUGAAAUACUACCCUGAUUUAUCUGUUUGUGUGAGGAUUAUACAAAAGUUAGAUAGUUAGCUCAGCAAAUUAGUUAUGAGCCUAUGUAACAGAGACAAAUAUUUAAAGCAGAGAAGGUAGAUGAGACAGAUAAUGACUGCUAAUCCAGUAACUGCUAAUCCAUAGUUUAAUGGAAGUGGGAAGAGGAGUUCAAUAGCUUAUGCUUGCAUUUCUGCUUAACCGCAGCUUGCCUUGCCAUCUGAACCAACAAACUGUCGUUCAUGUGAACUUAUGGUUUAAUUAAAACGGACUAACUUCAAAUGGUGUUUCAACAAGCCAUAGUUGACAUUAACCAUGGUUUAGGGUUUAGAUGAAAUACUAAAAUUAUGAAGUUAAUGGGGAUAGGAAGCAAAGACUUCUAGGCAUCUCUUGCAGUUAGUUCAGAAGCCUGAGGCUCCAAGCACAAUCACAUCACACUAAACUAUGGUUUAGCAUAGCUUUUGAAUACUGUCGGUUAAUCAAAGUUUGGAUAAUGAGGCUUCUGCUGUACAAUGUCUGCUUAUAAAGCUAUUUCCAUUUACAUCAGAAGAGGGUUUUUUAUAGAAAAAAUCUGAAAUAAGUCUUAAGAUCCAUACCAUUUGAAAAGAUUCUCUGAUAAUAACCUGGGUAUCAGAACAACACUGAACUAGUACUGCUAAAACUUGAAAAGAGGUUUAUUGACCCUUACUCUUGUAGAACUGUCAAAAAGCCUAAGCAUUGAAACCACCAGGCAUUUUGUAUUACUUUGCUGAAUCAUGAACAAGUGAUUGCAAAAUCCUAUUUUUUACAUGUGUUUGUAUAAGGAUUGUUAUUUCCCGUUGUAUAUUUGUAUAUAGAGGUCUAUCUUUUAUAUGUCCACAGUAUAUAUAUGUUCUCAUUCCAUCAUCACCAUUAUUAAGUGCCACCUUCCUGCACUGGGGAUUUUGUGCACAUCGUGCUGUUGUGUGAUUUUACACCUGGGUAGUUGUCUUCUGCCUUCAUAGCAUACUAAAGACGAGCUCUCAUUUCUCCCCAGGUAGAUUCUCACUCAGCUCUAAUAAAUUACCUCAAGCCCUUGCUUUAUUUGUGGGCUUGUAACUACCUCACGGUAAACACAACGAGUUUCUCUUGGUUCAGCAGUCAAGGGUUAGAACAGAAUGUGUGCACAAACCUUGUCAGGAAAACAUCAUUCACCAGCAGUGCUCUUGAGUACUCCACGACUUCCUUGCCGCUCCUGAUAUUAGUCUCAUUGCUUUUAUUCCUCCUGUGACUGUGCCCUUGCUUGCCAAUUGUUAGAAAUGUCUUCUACCUUUAUUCAUUGUACUUUGCUUUUUAUUCUUUUUACAGUUCAGCAUAUACAGGCAGAGCAGGAUGAGGAUGUUAGGAAACUGUGAGUAAAUGCACCAUGUAAACAUAUAUUCCAUUUUAUACUAGUUUGGGGAUAUGGCUUCCCCUUCAGAAUUACAGUUUGCUGAGGGUGCUAAGAAUACUCUGCUAACCAUCCUAUCCAUGUCCACAGUUUGGGAUAACAGGAUGACUGUUAUACCACUUUUAAGUCUAAGGUAGAUACUCCUUGAAAUUAGUUUAAUGUAUCAAGACAAGUGGCUUCUCAACAUACUAGUUGGGCAUUUUAGUAAAACAGAAGUGCAAUCAAUUAGUACCCCUUUUUAAAAAGUGCAGUUUUUUCUUGAACCAUCCAUCAAUUGUGCUGUACAAAGUGCUUUGCUAUCACUAGUCUCGUAGCCUAGCAUUUGGGUCAGAUAGCAAUCAUCAUAGAAUUCAGCAGGGCCCAUGUGUGACCUGUGGAUUGUGGGUCUUUACAGUUGGUCAGUGUCCUCAAGGGGUUCAGUAAUAUGCCCUAACCAGAUUCUAAGGAACAUCAAAGGUCAUAUCCCCUCAUGUCACCACCACAUUUAAUUGUCAUAAUUAUUUUAUACUGUAUUUUUGUUCCUUUAUCAUGAUUUGAAUGUACAUUUACCCAGUCAGUGAGAGGAUACUUGAAGAUAGACAGAGAACGUGUUCUUAUUUGCCUGUUUCUCUGACUUUAACCAUUUCAAGAUUGCCAUUUGAGCUUAGAUUUGGGAAGAGCAUUAGGAUGUCUUCACCAUUACUUGUAAUGCUGAGACAAACAAUGACUUAACAUGAACAAGUGUCAGGAUACACAGAGAGAAAAUCAUGACUGCUUUAUUCCUCUCCCGGGCCUGCUGUACUACCUGGAACUAAUGGUUUGACUUAGCAUUACGUAUGAAUCUAGUCUUGUGGUUGGUCUCACUGCAGCUAAGGUUUGUUCUUGACUUACCACUCAUAGUUUACUUUGGGGAGACAAACCACAAGGCUGGGUACACAUGUAACAUUCAGCCAAACCAUAGCUUAGCAUCAGGUAGCAUAGCAUCAGUAGGACAAGGGGAGAAGGCUGCCACUUUUGCUAUGUUCACACAUGCAUUUGCUUGUUCAUGCUUAGCUGUGGUUUGGCUUAAUGUUAUGUGCAAACCAGGCCAGAGAUACUUGUUAGGUCUGAUAUUUCUACCCAUGAAUUUGUUCCUCCUAAAGUUUCUAAUUUACAAGAAGCCACAGCACCUGUAAUCUAAAGUGUCCAUAAUCAUAUUAACAGUGAGCAACAUAAUCCAAGCUCCAUUGAUUUAAGCAGAAUUGAUUUCCAAGUAAGCUUUUGGAAUGAAGAUGGGCUCAAAUAAGCCCCAAUGCCCUGAAGCAUCAGCUCCAGCCUUCCCAUGUUGAGUAAAAGUGCUCUGCUCUGAUUAACAUGGGAUCUUGGCUCCUUUUAAUCUAAACUCAUAUGCCAUCUGCUUCAUACACAAAUGAGGCCAAUAUCUCCCACUUUUCUUCAGGAUACAUUUGCAGGAAAUGGCAAUGCUGCCCAGGGAAGGAUAGCUGCGUGAUUAACAUGAAAUGGAGUCAACCAGUCACCUUGAAAAACAUGUAUAUGCAACCAUACUGCAAUUACCACUCCAGGUACUGUUUCCUAUUUAUUUAGCACUGUGCUGGGGAAAGUGAACCAACUCUAGGGCAAAUUGGACAGAGAUGAAAGGAGUUUUUAGGCCUUCAUGAAGACCUAUCAAGGCUGAGACAGGAAGUAAACAGUCUAGCUAUUUAUUCAUCAAGGCAUUCUGUAUGGCGUUCAGAAGUCACUUUAGCUUUGUAUCCUGCAAGAAAUGAAAGAUCAGAAAAAGCCGGAGCUGUUGAAAAUGCAACACUUCCAGCUCUGAAGCAAAUAAGUGGGGGAUUGGACCUUUAUAAAAGUCGAUAUCUGUUGUAUCUAGCAAUGUUGAAGGACACCUUUUACUUGAUUUGUGGGCAGACAGACAUGAAAAUUUAUCCAGUGCUAUAAGCUUGAGAACACUCAACCAGAACCUUGUUUUUAGCAUCAAUAGCAUUCUGUUUAUGAGGUACUACCAGAAAGUAUUUUUGACGGGGAGGGGGGCUGGUUUUAUAAAGCUCCUUUGAUAUUUAUCUUCUUAGGGAUAUACACAUUUAUAAUUCAUGGAAGGGUUCCCCCUCCCCCCAUCUUUAAAGGCCAUUUCUCUUUGAUGAGCACCAUCUCCUCCCAUGACUUGCUUUCUAGCCUUCCUGCAUAUAUUCAGGCCACAAUCAAACACAAGUUGAAAUAAAUAGGCUUAAGUUUGCUGAGUUCUCUACUGGAUUGUGGCCCAAGUAAAUAAAGUAUCAGUGGGAUUCUGAACACACUUACUUAGGAGCAGCAGUGCAAUCCUAUGCAGUCCCUAGUAAGUGUGUUUAGGAUUGCAACCCCAUUCCCAAUAAAUUCAGCAGAAUUUAUUUUUGAGUAGACAUUGAAAUGAUUGCAACUGCAUAUUGACUAGGGAUGGGGAAGCUGUAGCCCCCCAGAUGUUGUACUACAGCUCCCAUCAUCCUUUACCAUUGGCUGUGCUGUCAAGGGCUAAUAAGAAUUGGGAAUCCAACAACCAUUGGAGGGCCACAGUUUCCCCAUCCCUGACAUAGAUACUACUGUAAUAAACCAUUUCUUCCCUGAAAUAUAGUGUUACUUGUAUACGAUUGCAGUACUUUUUGAAUCACUUUUUCUUGAGCAACCAGGGAAGCCUUCACAUAAUAAUAUUCUUAUAAGCAGUGCUAUUUUUCUAGAAACAGAGGUGCCGGAACUCACCAUGAAUGCCUCCCUUGUUCUCUUAUAACAACAAUGGCGCCCACCUGAGAGAUGCCAAAACUGAGUUCUGGUGAGUUCCAGUUGGGGGAAAAGCCCUGAUUGUAGGCCUUCUGCAGACUGAGUUGGAAUGACAAGAAUGCAGCAGGAGUCAAAAUAAUGCUAAUUCUCAAGCCUUUCUGAUCAGUCCAAAUUGACUAUUUAUAUAUAUGUAUAUAAAGUUUCCUAUUUGAUUCCUGUAGUGUUCAGGCAUUAAAAAAAAAACUGGCCCAAGUUAGGGAUGCAGGCACAUCCUUUGGUCACUGGUAAGGGCUGCCCCCCCCCAA